AUGUACAGGAUUUCCGGUAAGAAUUUCGGCAAGUGCGAAUUGGCAGAGGAACUCGCGUUUCGUCACGAUGUGCCUUUGGAAGAAGUUCCGCAUUGUAAGAAACGAUGCUUUAUCGUGUCAUACACAAUUCAGAGCUUUUGUUUUAUGAUUUUAAAAAAUAAAGGGGUUUGCAUAGCAAAACACGAAUCCACGUUUGACACUUCGGCGAUCAAUAGGAAUUAUUGGGAUGGAAGCAAGGAUUACGGAUUGUUUCAAAUCAAUGACCGAUACUGGUGUUCUCCACCCGAUGAUCAAAAUUCAUGCAGAGUGAACUGCGUCGAUUUGCUGGACGACGACAUCAGGAACGACGUAAAAUGUGCUCGUAAGAUUUUCAAGAUUCACCGGAGGAACGAAGGAAACGGCUUCUUAGCUUGGUGA